CAUUCCCUCCCCUCUCGGCUCCCGUCCUAGCUGCUCUCUGAGGGAGAAAGGGAAGGAGGGCGGCUGCCAUUUUGUUUCUUGCAGUUGGGCCUCUCCCUCUGUGAGGCAGAGCGAGGGGAGAGUAGCGCUGUUGCUGCUGGAUUCGAGCGAGUACCGCGCGUGUAUCAGCUGGUGUAGUCGGGCUGGCCGUGACGAGGCGCGUGGGCCAGGAGGCCGUACGGAAGAGGCCGCUCCGCUGGGUCUGGCGAGUUUUUCCGCAGCAGAAAAACAAAGCGGUUGCGCUGUUUCCUUCCCUCUGUGGAGGGAAGUCGCGGAGCCUGGGCGCUCUCCGGGUCCAUUCGCCCCACACGGACCUGUUAAAUUGAUUUCACAGACUUUAUCAGGUCUUCUAAAGGGAAAAAAAAAGGUAAGCUUCAAAGCUUAAGGCUUCUUUUGUCUGAGAUGGUGGUUUUUUCCCUCCCAGGCUUGUGACUGGAAAAGAUGCGCAAUUCAAUAUCUUGAUCAUAGGGCAAGGAUGACUGAAAUUUGAUUCAUUAUGAGGUGGGCUGUUCUACUGAUAGGACAUAAAUCUCUGAAAAUAGAUUCUGUGUAAGUUGCUAGAGAGUUGUGAGACAUUUUUGAUCACAUAUCUUUCUUGGCUUUUGCUAUUGGAUGGCAAGAACAUGGUACCACAGUUGUCUAGAAUAUAUUCCGUGAAAGGUUUGAUAUGUCUUAUUAUAGAUUGUAAGAAGAGUGAUGUUUGAUAUUGUUGCUUUUAAAAUGGGGAACGCUGGUGGAACAGUGCGGAAUUUCAGAUUGAAUAGUGUGUAAACUUUCACACUAAAAUAGGUUUGUUAUUCCAGAUGAAGGUGUUCUUUUUUAUUUUGUAGCACUUAACUUUUCCAGUGUACUAAAGGCUUGCUAUCACAUAUACCUUUUUGUCCACAGGUGAUUAUUGCUGUGGGCUGAGCUCAGAAUGGCGGUAGUCAUCCGUUUACAGGGGCUUCCUGUUGUUGCGGGUUCUGCAGAUAUUCGCCGCUUCUUCUCAGGAUUGAGUAUUCCUGAUGGAGGUGUACAUAUCAUUGGAGGAGAAAAGGGGGAAGCCUUCAUUAUAUUUUCAACAGAUGAAGAUGCACGACAAGCAAUGAGCUAUUCUGGAGGAUUUAUCAAGGAUUCACGUAUAGAGUUCUUUCUUAGCAGCAAGACAGAAAUGCAGACUAUAAUAGAACUUAGUAGGAAAAGACGGGUAGGUUCCAUUAACUCAGGCGCAUCUGGAAUUGGCAAUCUUUCAAAUUUAGUUGCAGCCAUUAAUAAAGGAAUUAAUAAAUCUAUGGAUCCAUUGGAGAAUGAGUUCCGUUCAAAUGGAUCUCGAAACAGUGAUACAGAUAUUUUGGAACCAAACUAUAAUCAGCCUAAGAAAGAGGCAUUUCCAAGUUUGUACCUAUUUAUACGUGGUAUGCCUUAUUCUGCAACAGAAGAUGAUGUACGCAAUUUCUUCUCUGGAUUACAAGUGGAGGGAAUAGCCAUGAGAAAAGUUAAUGGUAAAAAUAAUGGAGAGGCUGUGGUAAAAUUUGCAACAUUAAGCGAUGCCACAGAAGGGCUUCAACGUGAUAGAGAGUAUAUGGGUUCAAGAUUUAUUAUCGUACGAACCUCUGGUAAAGGAACAUGGAUUAAGUUUGGUGGAGAGAUUGGUGGUCCUUUCAGUACCAAACAUUUCAGUCAUCAUUUGGAUAAGGAAACAUUUUCUUCAAGCAGAGAGCAUUCACGAAGAGAGCCAGACUAUUUGUCCUCAAGAAAACGCACCUGUUCAAGGUCUCCAGAGAGGGUUAUGGCACACACUCAUUCAAGGUCUCCUGCAGGGAGGAUUACAUCACAUGCCCAUUCAAGGUCUCCUGCAGGGAGGGAUUUGUCACGUGCCCAUUCAAGGUCUCCAGGGAGAGUUAAGGCACGCCCUCGGUCAAGGUCACCACGGAGGGUAAGGACACGCACGCGGUCAAGGUCACCGCGGAGGGUAAGGACACACACGCGGUCAAGGUCACCACGGAGGGUAAGGACACGCACGCGGUCAAGGUCACCACCACAGAGGGUUAUGGCACGCACCUGGUCAAGGUCUCCACAACGGAGGUUUAUGAUGCGCACCCGUUCAAGGUCUCCACCGCAGAAGUUUACGACACAGUCUCAUUCACCCAUAUCUCAUUCUCAAAACAGAGAAUAUUAUAUACUCAUUAAAAAUCUCCUACCUACUGUUGAGAAGAAAGAUUUGAUAAAGUUCUUUGGGCAUCCAGGUGUGACUGCCAGUCCUGUUAUAUUUUUAAAGCCAGAAGGCGAAGCAAAGACGAAAGAUGCAAUUGUGCUGUGUGAAUCAUUCAAGGUGUAUGAGUUUAUAUUGACCUUUCACAAGGAGGAACUGCUUGGCCAGCCAAUAUUCAUCUUUCCAGUUUCAAAAGAAAAGCUGCUGUUCUUAACUGGAUCUUCUGAAGCAAAAAUACCACCAGAAAGACAGCACCAUGCAAAUGAAAGAAGUGAUAGAGAUGAAAAUUCUGGCUUAAAGACCUGCAUAUAUGUGAGAAACUUUCCAUUUGAUGUGACAAAUGUUGAAGUACAGAAGUUCUUUGCAGGAUUUAAUAUUGAUAAGAGUGACAUUUAUUUGCUUUAUGAUGACAAAGGAAUUGGACUUGGGGAAGCAUUGGUCAACUUCAGAACUGAAGAACAAGCCCGUAAAGCUGAAAGCUUAAAUCGCCGGCGGUUUUUGGGAACAGAGGUACUCCUAAGAUGUAUUUCGGAGGAACAAAUGCAAGAGUUUGGUAUUAAUAUUUCAUCAACAUCAAAUGAAAAGAUACAGGAUAAUCUCCGUUCAUAUGAAAGGGGUGAACAUUUUUACCCCAGUGGUUCACAAGGAUCCUCUUUGCAUGGGAACUUAAAGCACCUGUCUAAUUAUAGACACCCGCCUGAUGAUUUUAUCUCCUCAUCUGAUCUUUUAAGAGGGCCUCCUGGUGAUGGCAUUCCUGGUAGUUUUCAAGAAGGGCACUUUAGGCCUGACUAUAAUUCUAGUGGUGGCUCAGAUCGUGUCACAUUGAUUAAAUUAAAGAAUAUACCGUUUCAAGCUUCUCCUAAUGAAAUUCUGGAUUUCUUCCAUGGUUAUAAAAUCAUACCAGAAUCUCUUUCUAUUCUCCGCAAUGAAUAUGGAAUGUCUUCUGGUGAAGCUAUUCUUGCCAUGAUGAAUUAUAACGAGGCAGUGGCUGCUAUUAAUGAAUUAAAUGACAGGCCAAUUGGCAAGCGCAAGGUUAGUUUAACUUUUGGGUAGAUGCGAAAACGCCUGAAGAUGUUUGCAGUAUUAAUAGAAUAAAACUAGAUUUGUGUUUUUGUUAUUUGGAAAGUGAUGACAAAACAUCCAUCUAUUUGUAAAUAGUUAACUGCUUUAAAAUGAAAACUGUUUGAUGCAGUGCAGUUGCAUCUGUUAGAAAGCAUAGGUUGUUAGUUACUCCUGAAUAUAAAUAAGAAGUUGAAUGCAAGUUUUGGAUUCUUGUCUGUAACAUUCAAUGGCAUAUUGAAUGUUUCUUAUUUCAGCUUAGCAUUUCUUUUAAAAUAAAUGUACCUAAAUGAAA